AAUUGCAGUUGAUAAUAGGCAAGAAGGUUCUGAAGCAAUUAUGGGGGUCUCCAAUGGUGAUGAAUAUGUGGCAGUUGGCGAAUCACCCUCUCCAGAGAGAAGAAACCAUGCUAGGAAAGUAUCAGUUCUUCCUUUGGUGUUCCUCAUAUUUUAUGAAGUAUCUGGUGGACCCUUUGGGGUUGAGGACACUGUGAAGGCAGCAGGUCCUCUCUUGUCCCUUGUAGGAUUCUUGGUUUUCCCACUCAUAUGGAGUGUUCCUGAGGCUCUCAUCACUGCUGAGAUGGGUACCAUGUUCCCUGAGAACAGUGGCUAUGUGGUUUGGGUCUCUUCUGCUUUAGGGGACUAUUGGGGGUUUCAGCAAGGUUGGAUGAAAUGGCUUAGUGGUGUGAUUGAUAAUGCUUUGUAUCCAGUGCUGUUUCUUGAUUAUCUUAAAUCAGGAAUCCCUGCAUUAGGUAAUGGAGUUCCAAGGGUUGUUGCUACAUGGGGUUUGACUUUUGUUCUCACUUACUUGAACUAUAGGGGUUUAACCAUUGUUGGUUGGGUUGCCGUGUUCUUGGGGAUUUUCUCACUCCUUCCAUUCGUUUUUAUGGGAUUACUGGCCAUUCCUGACUUGAAACCCUCGAGAUGGUAUGCGGCAAAUGUGGAUGAUAUUGAUUGGAAUUUGUAUCUGAAUACUCUAUUUUGGAACCUUAAUUAUUGGGACUCCAUAAGUACUCUUGCCGGAGAAGUGGAAAAUCCAAAGAAAACUCUUCCCAAGGCUCUCUUUUACGCUUUGAUCUUGGUGGUUCUGGGGUAUUUUCUCCCUCUUCUAGUCGGCACCGGUGCUGUCCCCCUCAAUCGGGAGUUGUGGACGGACGGAUACUUCUCAGAUAUUGCGAUGAUUGUUGGAGGAGUUUGGUUGAGAUGGUGGCUUCAGGCUGCUGCCGCCAUGUCAAAUAUGGGAAUGUUUGUUGCCGAAAUGAGCAGUGACUCUUUCCAACUUCUAGGGAUGGCUGAGAGGGCAAUGUUGCCCGAGUUCUUCAACAAGAGAUCACGCUAUGGAACACCUCUUAUUGGAAUCCUCUUUUCAGCCUCAGGAGUAAUCCUGCUGUCAUGGUUGAGCUUUCAGGAGAUCGUGGCUGCCGAGAAUUUCUUGUACUGCUUCGGAAUGAUCCUGGAGUUUAUUGCGUUUGUAGUGUUGAGGAUCAAGCAGCCAAAUGCACCUAGGCCUUACAAGAUUCCGGGGGGAACGGCUGGAAUGAUUAUCAUGUGCAUUCCUCCCACAAUAUUGAUCUGUGUGGUGCUGGCAUUCUCCUCCUUCAAAGUAAUGGUUAUAAGCCUCAUCGCCACAGCAAUUGGCCUUGUAUUGCAGCCCUGCCUCAAAUUUCUGGAGAAAAAGAGAUGGAUGAAAUUCUCAGUGAGUUCUGAGCUUCCCGAUCUUGACAACGAGGACAACAUUCAGCCUUUGGUUCAUUGAGUUUAUGCAAAGAGAUGAGCUGAGAAGAUUCCAGUAUUCCACCACCAUGUGUUACGUGCUGUCCAAAGCAAAGUAGGAGACGAUAAUACAUGCAUUUUCUGAGCACAAUGAUCAUAGUCAUAGAGAGAGCAACUUUGCAUUCUUUCUGCCGUUGGCAUUUUCGCCUUCUACAAUAUGUUGUCUCCACUAAGUUGUUUAUCUAUGUUUAUAUUAGCAGUUAGAAACCUGAAUAUGAGUUUUAAGAUUGUUUCAUAAGAUUAAUUUUAUUUGGUUUCCCUGAUCGGAUUUCGGGAUUAAGCUAA